AUGUCAGAAGAAAAUAUAAAUAAAAAUGAAUUUCCAGAAUUAAAAAAUGAUACAUUUUUAAAAGCAUGCAGAGGUGAGGAAGUACCUUAUGUUCCAGUUUGGAUUAUGAGACAAGCAGGAAGAUAUUUACCAGAGUUUAAGAGUGUUAGAGCAGAUGUUGAUUUCUUUUCAGUAUGCAGAACACCGGAAUUAGCAUGUAAAGUAACCUUACAACCAUUGGAUAGAUUUCCAUUGGAUGCAGCAAUUAUAUUUAGUGAUAUUUUAGUGGUACCACAAGCAAUGGGAAUUGAAGUUCAAAUGAUUCCAGGCAAAGGACCAUUCUUUCCAAACCCAAUCAGAACCAUUGAAGACCUAUCAAGGGUACAAUUCCCAGUAGAUGUAAAUAAAGAGUUGGGAUACGUAUUCGAUGCAUUAACAUUAACUCGUAAACGUUUAGAAGGUCGUGUACCAUUGAUUGGAUUCACAGGCGCACCAUGGACAUUGAUGACCUACUGCAUUGAGGGUAGCGGUGGCACAACCAUGUCAAAUUCAAAAUCAUGGUUAUACAAACACCCAGCAGAGUCACAUAAAUUCUUAUCAAUGUUAACUCGUGUUUGUAUUGAUUAUCUUUUAGGUCAAAUUAAAGCUGGUGCACAAGCAUUACAAAUCUUUGAUUCAUGGUCAAAUGAAUUAAGUCCAGCAAUGUUUAAAGAGUAUUGUUUACCUUAUUUAGUUCAAAUUGGUAAAGAAGUUAAAGCAGUUCAUCCAGAGAUUCCUUUAAUUUGUUUUGCAAAAGGUUCAAACUUUGCUUUAGAAGAUCUCUCAAAAAGUGGUGCUUACGAUGUUUUAGGUAUCGAUUGGACAAUUGAACCAUCUGUUGCUAGAGAAAUGGUUGCUGAUAGAGUUUCACUUCAAGGUAAUUUAGAUCCAUGUGUUUUAUAUUGUGGUGAUCAAGUAAUUAGAGAUCAAACUCAAAAAAUGUUACAAUCAUUUGGUACUACUAAACGUUUAAUUGCAAAUUUAGGUCAUGGUAUGCAUCCAACUCAUCCAAUUGAAGGUCCAGAAUCUUAUGUUAAAGCUGUUCAUGAAUUAUCAAAACAAAUGAUUAAUAAAUAA